GUCACACUGUAAGACGCGUCGGAGUUUUAGUUUUCAUCUACUUAAUUUUUUCUUAAUUAAAAAAGCACCGUCUAUUAAAAUAUUUAUAGUUGAAAUGCAAAAUGAUAUUAGAAAACCAAAGACACAUUGCUAAAAGCGGAUUAUAAAAGAAAGCGUCAUCUUUUUCUAGGCAGGAUUUGUGUGUGAGUGAAAGAAAUUCCAACAAUGCGCAGUACAAUACCAAUACACACAAACGCUGCCUGAAUCUCUUUAUGCAAAGGUGUACGCAAAAAAGGCAUUGUGACAGCUAUAAAAAGUAAAUCUGAGAUCGAAAAUUUUCACAUAUCACAUAUGACGGCGUAAAGUUGGCAUGCUGUUAUAGGCAGCAUCCAUAGCGAAAGUUGCGCCCCAUGGAUCCGUAUCACCAUAUCAGACAUCAUUAUCCACCUACAAGCAUAGCCAGCACAGGAUCGGUGGUGGGCAGCUCGUUGGCAAUCAACCGACCGGAGCUGCACCAAAAAUGCAACCGAGGCUCGCACUCCAGUGAUACCAGUUCAGCGUACAGUGGCAGCGAUACAAUGGCCUCGAACUACGCCUCGUCGCUGGAGGCCGAGGAGAUCGAUCUGUCUGGCCUGGUGGAGUCCGUCGUGGACUCCGACGAGGAGGACUUAGCGGAAAGCAUGGAUAGUCUUACUGUGCGCGAUGCAGUACGCGAUUGUCUGGAAAAGGAUCCGGCGGAGCGGAGUGAGGAGGACGUGGAAGUGUUGCUUGAGUUCACCCAGGGCCUAAAGGCUUUUACAAACAUCACACUGGCAGUGCGACGAGCCCUCUGCUCCGUUAUGGUGUUUGCCGUGGUGGACAAGGCCGGUACCGUGGUCAUGUCAGACGGUGAAGAGCUCGACUCAUGGUCAGUGCUCAUAAACGGGUCCGUGGAGAUCGAGCAUGCGAACGGAAGUCGCGAAGAACUGCAGAUGGGAGACUCGUUCGGCAUUCUUCCCACAAUGGACAAGCUUUACCAUCGAGGUGUAAUGCGGACCAAGUGCGAUGACUGCCAGUUUGUGUGCAUUACGCAGACGGACUACUACCGUAUCCAGCAUCAAGGUGAGGAGAACACACGGCGGCAUGAGGACGAGAAUGGGUUUGUGGUCAUGGUCACGGAGUUGCGAUCGAUAGGAGGAGGAGGCACAGACUCUGCUGGCGGAUCGGCAACUGGAGCGGCGGCUUCACUUAACCUGAAACGCGGUCACGUCGUUAUCCGUGGCACUCCGGAGCGUUUGCUUCAGCAGCUAGUUGAAGAAAACUCAAUGACGGACCCCACAUACGUGGAGGACUUUUUGCUUACACAUCGCAUCUUUAUACAAAACCCACAAGAAGUGACCUGCAAAUUGCUGCAUUGGUUUGAUCUGGAGCAGGUGGACUCGCACAAGACGCAGGAACUGCGGGAUCGCGUCACACGCGUCGUGCUUCUGUGGGUGAACAACCAUUUUACCGACUUUGAAGCGGACCAUGAAAUGAUGGAGUUUCUAGAAGUGUUUGAAGCACUGCUCGAGCGAAAAAAGUUGCUAAGCCAACUGCGUCUUCUGCACAUAGCUUGUGCGGCGAAAGCGCGAAUGCGUAGCUGUACCCUCACCCGAUCUUCUCGUGACGAACCGCUCAAUUUUCGUAUUGUGGGCGGCUACGAGCUUCGGGGAGUAGCCGUAGCCACCGGAAACGCAGCCGUGGGAAUAUACAUUUCUCACGUUGAACCUGGUUCAAAGGCCCAGGAUGCUGGGCUUAAGCGCGGCGACCAGAUUCACGAGGUAAACGGACACUCGCUGGAUCAUGUGACAAGCAAGCGAGCCCUCGAGAUCCUCACGGGCACCACCCACCUGAGCAUAAGUGUGAAAAGCAAUCUGCUCGGUUUCAAGGAGAUCAUGCAGGCUCUUGAGAAUGGCGGUGGAUCUGUUGGUUCCGGAAGUAUUUCAGGGGGUAGUGGUAGUUUCAAGUGCUUGCGAAGCCCACGCAGGAUUUGUGCAAAUGACAUUGCCAAGUUGCACGGUCGCUCAGAAAGCACCACCGAUGAACUGUCACCAAUCAGCGCCACAAAUCCAGCGCACUUGGUACGCCUCAGUUCCGUAGAUAUGCUUCUUGACCAGCCGGACUGCGCUCCGCCACAAACCCCGCCUGUGACUGGAACUGGCAACAUGGCCUCGAAUUUCAUGCAGCAGCUCCUUCAAAGCGUUAACAACAGCUCGGCCAAAAAGGGGUCGGGAUCUGGAUCUAACUCUAAUUCAGAUCAGCAGGAUACGAAAGGUGGUUUUAUGACUCUAGCUCCCAAGCGACGAUUACAAAAGGCUCUGGCAAAGAUGAACUUGCUCAAUAAACAGCAUCACGGUAGCAGCCUAAACGAUUCCUCGGACGCCCUGCUCAACGAGCCCAAGUCAAAGCUGUCUACGGUGGGCACGGGUAGCAGCUCUGCCCAGUCUUCCACAAACGGCUCAGCAACUAGUGCAAGUGGCCGACUCUACCAGUCGCAAUCGAAUCCUGAUUUAACGAGCAUCAACUAUGAAGGAGGCAGUGAAGCUGGAGGCAGUGACGGUGACAGGCUGCAGAUUAACUAUUUGGGUGCCCAGACCCACCGUCCAUCGGCGGCAAGUACCCUGACCACCAACUCAACCCACCUUCUGCCCGACUACCCGGACCACGUGCUAAAGGUGUAUAAAGCCGAUCAAACGUGCAAGUAUGUGCUCAUCUACAAGGAAACGACGGCCCACGAGGUGGUGAUGUUGACGUUGCAGGAGUUUGGAAUACACGACCCUAGCUCAAAUUUUUCCCUCUGCGAAGUAAGUGUAGGCGACGGCGGGAUGGUAAAGCAACGCCGACUUCCCGAUCAACUGCAAAACCUGGCGGAGAGAAUUAGCUUUGCGGCUCGCUAUUAUCUCAAGUUGAACGAUAGCACUGAGCCGCUGGUUCCAGACGAACUGGCUUUGGAACUUGUCCGCGAGUCGAGUGUGCACUUCUUGCAGCUAAACGCAUACGAGCUGGCCAUUCAACUCACUCUGCAGGACUUUGCCAACUUCCGUCAAAUUGAGUCCACCGAGUAUGUGGAUGAACUGUUCGAGUUGCACUCUCGUUAUGGAGUGCCCAUGCUCAGCAAAUUCGCUGAGCUGGUCAAUCGCGAAAUGUUUUGGGUGGUGAGUGAGAUUUGCGCAGAGCACAACAUUGUGCGCCGCAUGAAAAUAGUCAAACAGUUCAUUAAAAUUGCGCGCCACUGCAAGGAGUGCCGCAACUUUAACUCGAUGUUUGCAAUCGUCUCCGGCCUGGGACACGGAGCUGUCUCCCGGCUGCGUCAAACGUGGGAAAAACUGCCUUCCAAGUACCAAAGGUUGUUCAACGACCUUCAGGACCUAAUGGACCCUUCGCGCAAUAUGAGCAAGUAUCGGCAACUAGUGUCCGCCGAACUUCUGGCUCAGCAUCCCAUCAUCCCGUUCUACCCGAUCGUCAAGAAGGAUCUCACCUUUAUCCACCUGGGCAAUGAUACGAGAGUGGACGGCCUGAUAAAUUUUGAAAAGCUGCGGAUGCUGGCCAAGGAGGUACGCCUACUAACGCACAUGUGCAGUUCCCCCUACGAUUUGCUGUCAAUCCUUGAGCUUAAAGGACAGUCUCCCUCCAACGCCCUUUUUUCGCUAAAUCAAAUGUCGGCCUCGCAAAGCAAUGCUGCCGCAGGAACGGUAAUCGCGGCCAAUGCGGGCCAAGCAACUAUCAAGCGGCGCAAAAAAUCAGCAGCAGCGCCCAAUCCGAAGAAGAUGUUUGAGGAGGCGCAGAUGGUACGCCGAGUAAAGGCGUACCUCAACAGCCUAAAAAUACUCAGUGACGAAGACCUCUUGCACAAAUUCUCAUUGGAAUGCGAGCCGGCUCACGGAUCCACCUACUCAGGAAGCAUCUCGCACGGCAACACUUCUCAUCGAAGUGGAGGUGGUGGUGGAAGUUCCGGCGGUGGCGGGGGUGGCAGUUCCUGCCCCAAUGCCGGCGAUCAACUUAGCAUUUACUCGCAUACGAGCUCCAGCUCAGCACCGAACUCUUCCCUCUCGUUGCGCAAGAGGCACCCUAGUUCGCCCACCCUUUCCACAACUAGUUCGACGAGUUCAACAAGCGAUUAUCAGCGGCGACAAAUGCACAACAAUGGUCCCAAGUUUGGCACAGCUUCGCCGCAGUCAGUCAAGAAGAUGCUAUCGCUGUCAGAGUCCUCCAAGAUCCGGCCCCACCAGCCGUUCGUGCCGCGACACGGAUCCGCUCUUCCUCAGUCCGCGAUUCCGCCGCUACAUCACAUGAAUGGAGCGCAUAAUUUUAGCACACCAUCGGCUGGAGUAGCCACAUCGCCUGCAACAGCUGCCGUGGCCAAUGUCCAGUGCACGCCGAGUCCUAGUCCCUGCUCUCAUCGACGCCUGGCAUCAGGAGGCAAUGUACUGCCCACUCGCGCCAUACACGAGCGAUCGCACUCGGACACUCCCGCACCGCCACCGCCAUUACCCUCGGUAGAUCUUUCCCUUGAGAGCAGUAGUGUAACUACGUUUCGCGAUUUACCAUUGCGCAAAUCCGUAACUUCCGGUUCCAUAUCGUCCUGCGACAGCGGCUACGUGCAUCAACAGCAACAUCACUACUUGCAGUACCACGAGCUGUCGCCCCCGGUCUAUACGGCGGCCGACUGUCGCUUACUGCAGCAAAUAUCGAACAACGCAGUGACCCGCAAUCUAAACAGUCCCUGUCAGAGCACAAACACGCCACCCAGCACACCCACACCUCCACAGAUUCAGCAACAACAGCAAUCUUCGGCCAUGCCACCGCCGCCUCCACCGCCGUACAAUGUACCGCCCCUAGCCAAUCUCUACAGCUACCACCAAGGCAAUACUGGCAGGAGGCUCCUCAACCACAUGCACGGUGGUCCGCCAAAUUUUAUGGAUAGCACUAAGUGUACCGUAUGCCCCAUGCCACCCAUGAAUCAAUAAUUACUCAAAUUGUGCUGUUUUAACUUGUACAUGUUUAUUAAUUAGUUCAUAUAGAGCUGCCAAAAUUGUUUAAUGGUUGUGGUUUUAUUUUUGCCAGCGAUCAAACAGGACAAAUCCAAUAACCAAUGCCUUUCAUCCAAGAAGCAUCUACCGUUUAGCGUAUAUAAUUAUAUUAAGCAACUUACAUUUAACUUUUAUUACGUUGUCUACGGUUUAUAUUUAAUUUAGCGAAAUUCUUUGUACACAUUUUCAGUCCUCACAUUUACCGUCAGCGUAGAAGUUGCAUUUUUUCUUAAAAGAAAACGUCUGCAGGCAGACCCCUAAAGCAGACCUAAAUAACACGCUUUUAAAGACUCCGUCGGCAUUUACAAAAGUAAGAUCAGUAAAAAUUUCAUGCCCAGCACAACAACGGGACGAUUUAAAUAGAAACACAAAAUAAAAUAACUCAAAGCUCUCGUUUAUUCCAUAAAUGUAUACUUAUUUUAACACUUACAUAUGUCAAAAUUAAAGUUACCACAUGCAUACUCCUUUAUACGCUUUAUACAUUAAAAAACCUUCGCUCCAAUUCCAAAUAUUUAGUUUUUAAGCCCAAAAGAGAGAGAGACAAAAAUUUAUUUAGAAAAUUUAAUUUCUAAUCAUUCUUAAUUAUGAAACUAACGGAACAAAGACAGGAGAAAGGCAAACAAAUUCAAUAUUUGGGUAAACCACAUUUACAAUGCCUAGAUAAGCCCACAAGCAAGAAAAUCAUAAAAGUACAAUUUAAGUUUAUAAAAGACAAACCUGAGACAUUCAAGAAAAAAUUAAAAUCAUUUUUGAUGGUUUUUUUCUCAAACGUAAACAACUCCAAUACAACAAUUUUUGUGUGUAAAUGAAUGUCUGUUACAUACACAGAUAUAUACAAUAUAUAUAUAUAUAUAUAUAUAUACAUUCUACAUAUACAUAUAUAUAUACAUGAAAUCUCUAUAUAUACAAACGUACAUAAGAAAAGAUUUUUUCUCGCUUAAACUACAAAGCGAGCACCAACUUAUGUAUCUUUUGCUGAACCCAAGAAACAAUUCAAAUCAAACAAUAUGUUAAAUAUGUAUACCUUGUGCUCUUUGUAUAUUAAGGUUAGACUAGCAAACAAAUUCGCUAUUUAAGUAAAUGAAUAAAUAUAUUGAAAGCGAAACUUUAUUUGUACUGUAUAAAUAAAAAAUAUUCUGCUUAA